UAAAUAAUUUUACAAGUACUUAUCAUUUCACAUGGAUACGUAAUUUGUCACGUUGGGUAAAAUCACAAAUUACAAAACAUCAUGGUCGAACAUGGUUAUGUGACAGAUGUUUAUGUCAUUUUAUGUCUGAAAAUUCAUUUAUUAAACAUAGAACCGAUUGUAUGAAUUUAAAUAAAUGUAAGGUUAUUUUACCGUCAGAAAAUGAAAACGAGACUGUUUUAAAAUUUAAAAAUUUUCGAUAUAAAGAAAAAGUACCAUUUGCAUUGUACGCUGAUAUUGAAAGUCUUUUGGAACCUGUCAAUGAUAAUAAUAAUUUAAUUUCUGGAGCAUAUAGGAAACAUAUAGCUCACAGUGUUGCAUUUUACUUCAAAUGCGAUUUUGAUGAUUCUUUAUCGAUAUUUGAAACUUACCGCGGGGUUGAUUGUAUUUCAUGGUUCAUUAAAAAAUUAAUAAAUAUUGCCGAUUUAGUUGAAUCUUAUUUAAAAAAAAUAGUUCCAAUGGAAACAUUAACUUUUCAACAAGACUUAGAAUUCAGAACUUCAAAAAUUUGUCAUAUUUGUGAAAAUUUAUUUAAAGAUGAUCACAUAAAACACCGUAAUCAUGAUCACUUUACCGGAAAAUAUAGAGGUGCAGCUCAUCAGCAUUGUAAUGUAAAUUAUCAAAAUUCUCAUUCAAUUCCAGCAUUAAAACAAAUAACAUUUAAAGAUUAUAAAGAUACACUUUUAUUUUAUAAGAACUUAACAAAAAAACAAUAUUCAAUUCUCAGUAAAAAACAUGAUAUUUACACGGUAGAACAGAAAAAGGAAGCUUUGAAUUGGUAUGAUGAUAAAAGGGUACUUUUACCCAAAAAUACCGAUACCAUUCCUUGGGGGUAUAAUGAAAAUAAAAAUUUUUUUUUUAAAAAUGCAAAUUUUAAUCUAGAAAAUAAAUUCUUGUAAAAAGUGUGAGUAUUCGCACUCUUAUUCUCUCUUUCUCUUUACCUUAAUUCGUAAUCAUCUUAAUCUCUCAUACCCAUAUUAAACAAUUAGGUGGACUCAUCUUAUUAGAGUAGUAUGUGUUAUCUAAUCUGCUCUCUCGUUCUAAUACAUAUUGUUUUGUCUUCGUUUGCGAAUUCCAAAACAAUGGGGCUGUGUAUAAAAAGGAGACCCCAUUAAAGAGGCUUCAUUCAAAAAAAUCAAUCAAAAGAUCAGCAUCAAAGAAGUGAAGUGAAGUGCUGUGAUUUUUACUUCAUUUAUUGAAAAAAUUUAAAAAAUCUUUGAAAAAUGGCAGGAGGAUAUAACACCUUUAAUAUUACCAUUCAAGCCCCCAGGAGGUGGCUACUUGACAGCAGCAUUGAUCAAUUUAAGGAAUUGUGCAUUACGGGACUUACAAUCAGGGCAAGGGACAUUUUUAAUCAUAUGUCCAGCAGAUCAGAUCCUGUCUUCCUCUGCUUUAAUGAUGUUAGGGGAAAAGUCCAUUGGUGUGCCAAUGGGUAUUGGAUUCGUCAUCAUGGAUUAAACUUUGAUGAAAUAAUUGAUAAUGAGAAUUAUGCAGGAUUUAUUCUGCAAUUUGACAUACCCCACGAGUGGCUGUCAAAUUGCAUUGACUUGGCAGCCCUACUAGAUUUUUGCAUACUUGCUGCCGGUGUACGCCGAUACAAUUUAUUUAAUGAUUCUCCCUUAAUGGGGGACCAAUAUUUUCUGGAGCACCAAGGAAUCGUAGUCGAAAUAAAGGAAGUGGAGGACUUUAAAAUUCUUCUAUUGAAGAGGCCGGACAUCCCUACAUUAUUCUCCCUCCAAUUCGAUUUUGACAUCAUUAACUGUCCAGAGGAAGAGUCCCAUAAAAAAUGGGGAUGAGGGGGAGCCUUCUGGUCUACUUCAAAUAGAUUUUGGGCUACCCAUCGAAGAGGAGUCCCAAGAAAAUGAUGAGAAGGCGUCCCAGGAAAAUGGUGUAGAGGGGGAAAUAUUGGUAAAUGGAGGAGGAGAGGGGGAGAUCCAGGAAAAUGCUGUGGUGGUGGGGCAAGAAGUAGAGCAGGAUUCUGGAAUAGAAGAGGAUG